UAUUUUCCCACUUAGAUACCAUCCACCACGCGUUCAUACUCUGACAUACAGAGCGAUAUGGCGCGCCAUGAUGAGGAGGGCUCCGGCGGCCACAUGCCCGACGACAUGGAUGACGAGGAAUACGGCAACCAGAAUGGCUCAGGCGAUGGAUCUGGCGAUGGUGCCACCUCAUCGCCAUUCGAUCCGUUGGGUCCAACCGAGAUCACUAACAAUGAAAUCGAGCCGCGUCAAGAAUCCGCGGCGACGCCGCUCACCGCCGCAUGUCCCAGCCGCCUGAGCACACUGCUGGCCGGCGCCGCAGUACUAGUCACAUUCACAGCCCUUUUGCGAAGCAGAAGCUAAACGCCAACAAUGCAACGCAACGCAACGCACACAGCGCAGCUCGCCAGCAAUAAAUGUGGAUGAUGGGGAAUGCAAACAAACUAAAUUUGUUUCACUUUAGGAAUACUAUGUAUAAUUAAUUUAUAUAUAUGUAUAUGUAUGUAUGAACGACGACGCCGGACAAAGGAAACACACAAAAAACUAAAAAAUUUAAUUAACUAUUUAGUUUAGGUAUACGCGCUAUAUGUAAUGUAUACAUACUUGCAUGUAAAUAUGUAUGUUGAUAUGCAAGCGAGUACAUAAAAAUUGAAUGUGGAGAGUGCAACUCUGUUUAACAAUAUUGUAUACUAGUAUAGGUGCGUACAGAUUUAUUGCGAACAUACGCUACGUAGGAUAUACAAACUUACAUAUAAAUAUAUACAGACAUUUAUGUAAAACAAUAAAUAUGUUAUAUGUAUGUUUAUGUAUAGAGCUAG